AUGGAAUCACCCCAGACUAGCAACACUCUUUCCGCGUCGGAGAGAAAGCGUAUGCGAGAUCGGAAGGCCCAAAAGGCUGCCAGAGAAAAACGUGAAGUCCGUAUCAAAGCUCUGGAGGAACGAGUGACUUAUUGCGAAAGAUACCAUGGGGCUACCUGGGUGCAGCAUAUGAUGGCAGCAAUGGAAACUCUGCAGCGCGAGAAUCAACUGUUGCGGGAGCGCCAGGAACAUCUCCACGCGAUAUUCUCAUCAUGGGAGCAGGAUGAGCGCACUCGACAGCCAAUACGGUCCAACACGCAGGUCGCUAACCAGCAAGUGUCACCAUUGCUCAAGGUCUACUCUCACCGCAGUGGUGACGUGAUGCCGAUACGCUUUCAUCCAUCGAAUGCCUCUCAUGCGCCGGAUAACCAUCUCUCUAUCCAACAGCCACUUAAUACUGAUGGAAAUACCACAGACGGAGCGCCCUCACAGGGAUUCCCCUCUUCUCACUCAAACCUAGCCAGUCCCCUCCUCGCGGGUGAAACAGUGGCAGGGUCUACCUCAGCAUGGUGUCUGACCCCCGUUGAUGAGUACGGCCAUAUAUCUCCGCCUCUGCCGGCCACAUGUCCCUGGCUGGCCCAUCCAGACCAAAUCGCCGCUUGCCCACCCCUACCCGCCCCGCUUGACUUGUUACACGGUACCAGACGAAACUUCUUGGCUGACAAAAUCAGCCAGGCCCUCCGAGUUCGGGCCAUCCGUGAUCCGGAACGUUUGGCCUGCGGGUGGCUCGUCUACGUCUUUAGCAAAUGGCGAGUCGCUCCAAGUCUCACAACCUUUUCGCGGAUCCCGCAAUUUCUGCGGCCUAUCCUGCUGCAGAUCCAACGCGGCCAUCCCGCCGCACUAGACCUCCUUGUCUUUCCACAGAUCCGGGCCAACCUGAUCGAAGACUGGGACAAGUAUGACUUUAGAGAGGUAUUUGACUAUAUGUCAUGCUGCCAGAAGGUACGGUGGCCCUGGGGCGAAGAUAUCCUGGAGCGCGACGGCCAAGACAACCUCCGUAUCCGAAGGGAGUUUUUUGAUGUGUUUACGCGGGAGAGCGGGUGGGGACUGACGCCGGAAUUCGUGGAAAAAUAUCCCGGGUUGUUGAAGGGGAUGGAUGUCGAUGCGGUGUGUUUCCGGGUGGGGUCUCCUGUUGAAUUAGAAAACACCAGAUUCGCCGGGAAGGAAUAA